CGCUUGUGAAAACGAAACUGCAUAGACCUUAUAAACAUACAAACUUGUGAAUACUAAUCCAUUAUUUUAAAUAUGAUGACUAAACUUGUGAAAGGAGGAUUCUCAAUAACAAUUUUACGGUUUAGUCCAUCCAUUCUUCGCGUCGAACCACCACUAUUGUGUAACUGAAGUGUACAAUUAAUCGUUUUGUUAGAUAAGGUCUAAAAUGAUCGACCCUGAAGGAACCAAAACAAUUGAAGGAGGAGAUGGUGGUGGAAUUGAGCCCACAGCCAGUGAGGUUGCUCGUGAUUUGCAGAUAGUUGAAGAAAGCAUAAAGGAUGAGAAGAUAAAAAAAGACUUACAAGACAUAAUUUCAAAAAUAUCUCGUGGAUCAGUUCAGGAGAGAAGCCAUCAUAUUUUGACUGAGAAUUUAAAAAGUUUUGCUACUAACCUUGGAUCAAGUGUGCACUUUUCGUUAGGUCAGACCAAGCAGAUCAUUAAAACUAUUAUUGUGCUGUGGAAAACGCCUUCUAUAGCAAAACAUGUGAUGAAGGAGGUUUACAAUGAGGAUAUUGGUGAUGCAACAGACGUUCCCAAUGAUGUUAAAAACAUGGAUGAAAAGGCCAUUGAGAUUUAUUCGAAAGCUCUUAAAGAUGGGGUAGAGGAAAUAAAGAAUAUUCGACUGAUGGUUUUGGGCAUGUUUGGUGUCGGAAAAACUUCUCUUGUUAACAAUAUGAUUAAGGACUUUAGAGACAAAAACAUAGUACCGCAAAGCACCGAAGGCAUUGACUUGCACAGAUGCCAGCUUAUGGAAAAUGGCGAUUGGUGCUUAGAUGACGAACAUAAAUUGACUAAAUACCAAUCUAGAUUUAAAAAGGGAUACAGUGAAAUAACAAUUCCGCCAUUGUCAAAUAUGAGUGUUCGCGAUGACUCUGAUAUAAAGCUUAUGAAAGAUAAUCAUGUUGCUAGCAACAUUCCUGUAACUCAAAGUGAUACACGAUCAUUGGAAACGAUUGCGAAAAGUGUUAAAGAACACAUUGAACAGGAAAUUGUACGAACCGUAUUACCAAUUGUUGAGGUACAAACGAUGAGACAACAAGACAUAAAACAAGUUUCUUUAAAAUCAAAGACAAAUACAACUGUUUCUGUUUGGGAUUUUGCAGGUCAAACACUCUACUAUUCUACUCAUCAGUUUUUCUUAAAUAAAAGGUCUAUAUAUUUAGUUUUGAUGGAUAUGACAAAAGGUUUAGAUGAUCCUGUAAAGGAAGACGAUGAGGCAAGUGGAAUCUGGUGUGGUUUGAUGAAGGAUUGCAAAUAUUUAGAGGUCUUUAAAUUUUGGCUUAAUGCAAUCCACAUGUAUAGCGGCCACCAGUCAUCCACUGAAAAAAUGAAGCCAAGCAUAAUUUUAGUUGGCACUCGCAAAGAUGAAAUGACGGGAAACAACGAUGAAAAAGAAAUGAAAAGUGAUAAGUAUUUUCAGGAGGCACUGCGGAGGGCUUUUGGUGAGGGUUCGCCAAUAUUACAGCAUAUUCAUAAACGGAAAUUCUUGGUGGAUAAUUUGUCUAAGGGAGAUCCAGUUUUUAAUCAGUUACGAACGGAGAUUCUUGGCUUAGCUCAGAAGCAAGACUAUUGGGGUGAAAAAAGUCCCCUUCGAUGGAUUCCAUUAGAACAAAAAUUGGAUGCAUUGAGAGAUGAACGAAAACAGCUUCUGAAAAUGGAAGACAUAGAACAAGCAAAUGAAUCAAAUGUACACCCACUGGCUGUGGAUGAACUAAAAUUGUUUUUGGAGAUUCAGCACAAACAUGGGAACAUAUUAUAUUUCAACACAGAUACACUCAAAAAUCUGAUUGUUCUUGCUCCGCAGUGGAUCAUUCAAGCGUUCAAGCGCUUUAUAACGCAUAUAAUGCAUACAAACCCAUUGAAUUUGGAUGCAUGGAAUGAUUAUAUGGAUCUUGCUAUUCUUAAACAUGAGGUGUUCACUGAAAUAAUGGACAGCAGUGAAAAAACUAUAAGUGACAACAGAGAUGAUGUAAUUAAGUAUAUGGAACAUCUUGAUGUGAUGGCAAAGCCACUGAAAUUAGAGGAAGUCAAAGAAGCCGAAUGUACGGCUGCCGAUCACCAAACAGAAGAAGAUAAAACGGAACCAGUUGUGCAUGGACAUACCAAAUAUCUUGACUUCCAUAUUGUUCCUUGUCGACUAAAGAAACCACCACCUCCCAUAUCCAAAUUCACUUCACGCCCCGAACCCUUCAGAAACACACAAGUCUUAUGCUUUGUUUUUUGUGAAAAAUUUAUGCCUCCGUCGUUCUUCCACAGACUUGUUGCUGUGUGUAUUCGCACUUGGCCUAUCAGCAAAGCGGAAAACAAAAACCAGUUAUACAACGGGCUUGCUGUCUUUGUCCUUCGUCCCGCAUACACUUUGACAAUCUGGUACGAGGACCACAUCAUUUAUGCAAGAAUAUCGUCUUGUUCAAAGAAACACGUUUCAGACAUUGAUGUUACAUUAUGUCAAGACGUUCGGCACACUCUUCGGAUUAGUUUGCUUAACUUUAUAGGCCAAUCUGUAGAAAAUCCUAGGACUGCUACAGCAUUUGAGGAGUACAUUCAAUGUCCAUCCAUGCAAACGUUUUCACAUAAUAAAGGAAUACUUCGAGUGAAAGAGUUCAUGUAUGAAAAUGAGUUAAACUGCGAAUCAUGUGCUGAACUCCAUACAGUGGAACGAGCAGAGGCUUUACAAUAUUGGUUCAAAAACGAAUUAGAACAAGCAGACAAAAAUGAUGAUGCUUUAAAUAGACCAGCGCAAGACAGUGAUCUAUUGCACGUUGCUAAAUCCGUUGGUGAUGAAUUCUGGAUGCUGGGACGUGAACUUGGUUUUAAUGAUAAGCGAAUGAACGAGUUAUAUGCUGAAUGUGGACACGUUCAGUAUAGAUUCGUUAACAGGUAUUUGUCAGAAUGGAGGGAAAGCUAUCGAGGACAAGCAACUGUACAACGGCUUAAUAGAGCCAUUAAUGCUGCGCGAUUGUCCUGCUCUAAGAAGACCAAAAAAACUGUCCUCUUUUGAGUAUCUAUAGCUUUGUUUACAAUUCGGCGCAUAACUUUUGCAUUUUAAGUGUGUCGUAUUAUAUAUUGUAAUAAAUAGUGUGACAAAUUGAUAUAUUCUUUUGUUAAAGUUGUUAGAAGAAGAAAAAACAUUUGUUUUUUUUGCGAAUGCAUUACACAUUUCUUCCUGAACAAUUACAAUGACAAUUAAAUUGCGUGUAUAAGUUUAUUUCGCAAAUCCAUAUUGUUUUUUAGCUCAUCUAUUUUUUGAAAAAAAAAUGAGCUACAUGUAUUGUCAUCACCUUGGCGUCAUCGUCCGGUUAAGUUUUGUGUUUAGGUCCACUUUUCUCAUAAAGUAUCAAAGCUAUUGCAUUCAAACUUGGUACACUUACUUACUAUCAUGAGGGGACCGGGCAGGCAAAGUUAGAUAACUCUGGCGUGCAUUUUGACAGAAUUAUGUGCCCUUUUUAUACUUAGAAAAUUGAAAAUUUGGUUGCGACACUUACUAACUAUCAUAAGGGGACUGUGCAUGCAAACUUAUGUAACUCUGACUGGCAUUUUGACAGAAUUAUGGCCCCUUUAUACCUUAAGUUUUGUGUUUUGGUUCAUUUUACUCCUUAAGUAUCAUAGCUAUUGCUUUCAUACUUGGAACACUCGCAAACUAUCAUAAGAGGACUGUACAGGACAAGUUGCAUAACUCUGGUUGUCAUUUUGACGGAAUUAUGGCCCUUUUUUACUUAAAUUUUGUGUUUACAUCAACUUUACUUCUAAAAUAUCAAGGCUAUUGCUUUCAAACUUCAAAUACUUUUAUACUAUCAUGAGGGUAGUGUACCUUGCAAGUUGAAUUUUACCUUGACUUUUGAAUGACCUCGACUCUCAAGGUCAAAAUAUUAAAUUUUGCUAAAAUUGCCAUGAUUUCGUUAUUUAUGAUCAGAUUUAUUUGAUACUUUGACAAAACAACUCUUACCUGACAUACUACAAUAGACUCCACCCAAACCAUCCCCCAUGCCCCCCAGAAUCCCCCCUCCCCAAAAGUAUUUUUUUAUUUUUCAUUUUUUUCUGAAAGAUCAUCUUAUAAAUGACCGCACCCUCACACUAUACACCCCCCCAGACCCCCCCCCAAACAAAAAUUUGAAACAUGGUUAAAAAAAAAUAAAAAAAUUAACUUUUAUUAUUAGCUCAUCUAUUUUUUGAAAAAAAAUUAUGAGCUAUUGUCAUCACCUUGGCGUCGGCGUCCUGUUAAGUUUUGCGUUUAGGUCCACUUUUCUCAGAAAGUAUCAUUGCUAUUGCAUUCAAACUUGGUACACUUACUAACUAUCAUGAUGGAACUGGGCAGGCAAAGUUAGAUAACUCUGGCGUGCAUUUUGACAGAAUUAUGUGCCCUUUUUAUACUUAGAAAAUUGAAAAUUUUGGUUAAGUUUUGUGUUUAGGUCCAUUUUAUUCCUUAAGUAUCAAAGCUAUUGCUUUCAUACUUGCAACACUUACUAACUAUCAUGAGGGGACGGGGCAGGUAAAGUUAGAUAACUCUGGCGUGCAUUUUAACAGAAUUAUGUGCCCUUUUUAUACUUAGAAAAUUGAAAAUUUGGUUGAGUUUUGUGUUUAGGUCCACUUUAUUCCUACAGUAUCAAAGCUAUUGCUUUCAUACUUGCAACACUUAUUAACUAUCAUAAAGGGACUGUGCAGGCAAAGUUAUGUAACUCUGACUGGCAUUUGGACGGAAUUAUGGGCCCUUUAUACUUAGAAAAUUGAAAAUUUGGUUAAGUUUUGUGUUUUGGUCCCCUUUACCCCUAAAGUAUCAUAGAUAGUGCUUUCAUACUUGGAACACUCGCAAACUAUCAUGAGGGGACAGUUAAAGGACAAGUUGCAUAACUCUGGUUGUCAUUUUUACGGAAUUAUGGCCCUUUUUUGACUUAGUAACUUUGAAUAUAUGGUUAAAUUUUGUGUUUCAAUCCACUUUACUUCUAAAGUAUCAAGGCUAUUGCUUUCAAACUUCAAAUACUUUCAUGCUAUCAUGAGGUUACUGUACCUGGCAAGUUGAAUUUUACCUUGACCUUUGAAUGACCUUUACUCUCAAGGUAAAAUUAUUAAAUUUUGCUAAAAUUGCCAUAAAUUCUUUAUUUAUGAUUAGAUUUGAUUGAUACUUUGACAAAACUACUCUUACCUGACAUACCACAAUAGACUCCACCUAAACCAUCCCCCGUGCCUUCCCCCCCCCCCGAAUAAUCUUCCCCCCCUAAUUUUUUUUAAGAUCACCCAAGAAUCCCCUCCCCCUCCCCCCCCCCCGAAAUUAUUUUUUCACAUUUUUUUGGCAUUUUUGGAAGAUAAUGUAAUAAAUGUCCACACCCCCACACUAUACACCCCUCUUCACUCCACCUCUAUCUCCUUUGUGAUUUAAAUUGAGAGUCCCUUCACCUUUAAAAAGAAAAUAGAUCAGCGGUCUUCACCCGCAAGGCGGUGCUCUUGUUUUAUUUUUGAAACACCGUCCAACUAUCCCACCCAAGAACCCCCCCCCCCCCAAAAAAAAAAAAUAUAUUUUUUAGUAUUUUUGUUUGCAUUUGUAUUUCUUAUUUUUGGAAGAAAAUGUAAUUAAUGACCACACCCCCACACUAUACACCCCUCUCCACCCUACCCCUCCAUCUUUUUUGAUUGAAGUAUUGAGAAAGGUCCCUUCACCUUUAAAAAGAAAAAUAGAUGAGCGGUCUGCACCUGCAAGUGGAGCUCUUGUUGAAUAGUACAUUUUAUUGUUGAAAUAAAAACAAUAUUAAAAUACCAAAAACAUAAUUUUAUAUUCUUAGUGUAACAUUAUCAUUUUCGCCAAUCUGUUAACGUUUUGUUUCCUUUUGUGUCAAAUUGCGGUUUAUUGACUGUAUGAUUAAUAAUGGAAAAACUGCAUGUUCAUGAUACGCAUUGAAAUCAAGUAUGAUUAUUUUAUGGUUUUUGUAUUUGUAAAUUUCAUUUUGUGUAAAUUGGUAAUAUGAAUAUUUGUCUAAAGAUAUCAUUCACAUAUACUUGUAUUUGUUAUAAGCCUUUGGUUACGUUCACAAAAAUAAUCCUUUAGUACAUUUAUGUGAACUAGUCAACAAAGGGGUUUAACUAACUGUUGACGAUUUUUAAAUGUGCUUCACUCGAACUCGGAGGGAGUGUAAAAACUGUAGUUUUACACUAUCUUUAUGAUACUGACGAAACAUUUGCAAAUAUAUCCAGCUCAAUGAAUUAUAUUUAUAAACAACACCAUUUUAGGAAUGAAUAGGGGAGUUGUGUGAUGAGAAAAUUGACAAGUACUGUUUUGAAUUCAUUCAUACAACAAACAUUUUCUGCUUGAUGUUUACUUUUUCGAAAAUAUGCUCUUUUAAUACUAAUGUAACUACCCUAUGUCCAAUAUUUUCAAAGUAUUUCUUUUUACCUGAUCCAUAUUCCAAGAACGUUUGUGAUUAUUUUUUAAACAACCAUAUAAUGCAAAAAUGGUAUGCCCACAAUGUAUAGCUGGAUGUCUUAUACAUAUUCACUUGUAAAUUAAGGACUUAAUAUUGAUGGCACUUGGUCAAAAUGCAUAUCUUAACAAUAUCAAGACCGACUUUGAUUCUGGGUCUGUGCGCCCAAACCUAGGUCACUAGGUCAAAUCUUAUAAACAAAAAUCUUAUAAAAACCUCGCUAUCUCUUGAGAGGCCACAUUAAUGACCCAUUCUCUUUGAAACUUUGACAGAAUGCAUAUAUAUUUAUGUAAGAAAAUCGCUCUUGUUAUUCUAUGUGCGACAUUUAUGACACAUUUCUUGAGAAACUUGACCAGAAUGUAUACCUUGCAAUCCAUAAGCCGAUUUUAAAUCUCUGUUAAGUUUGUCUAAAAUCUAGUUCAAGCCACACAUUUGUUAAACCUUGUUACCUUUGUAGAAGCCACAUUAAAUAUUCCAGAUCUAUGAAACGUUUUUAGAAGGUUUAUUUUGUCAAUUUUUAGUCGAGUUUGUAUGGGUGUUAUAUGUCUAAAUCUUAAUGACCAUAUCUAAUCUUAAAGACCCCACUCUAGAAGCAACAUUUAUUACUCAAUGGUGAUGAAACAUCUUUUGUAUUUUUCAAUGUCAAUCUUCAUAAUAUGUGAGUCAAAUUGAGUCAAAAGUUGAACUUAUGUCAGUCCUUUAUGGUCUGAAUGCUCUUCUCUUUAUCUUGUGUUCCGCGUAACUCAAACACUAGUACAGUUAGAUCCUUAAAAAACAAACAUACUUAUACCAGCUUGAAAACUUGCGUAUCUGCGAAGUUUUGUUUAUUUUUCCCGACUUAAAUAGUUUUUAGACAAAGGCAGAUUGAUAGGACAUCGGUGUCUUACAGACAGAUGUCUAGUUUAUAUGAUGUGUGUAAAAUGUUUGUUAUUUACGCUCAUACAAUCCGGUUUAUUUGGUUUGUUUAAAGUUUUAAUAUUUGUUCUGAGAUAAUCAUGUAUGUUCCUAUACACACAAUUGACUAUACUAUUGAUUUAUUGUUACCAAUAUUAUAGUGAAUAUAUAAUGUGCAUAACAGAAAAAAAAGAAAAAAAAUAUAUAUAAAAAAAGGAAAUGUAAAAAAUAUCAUUAUUUUGAUUCACCUUUAAGAUACUGCUUGCUUAUUUUUGUACAUUGAAAAGUAAAGUAUAACCCGUUUCGAUAGUGUUGAUCAUAAUGUAUCAUUUUUUUCUUAUGUCAUUUCACAUCAUACUUGUCCAUUUUUGGCAGAGUAGAAUAUUGGGGGAACGAAUCAGCUAUGUUUUUCAUAAGAACUUUAUAAAACGCUAUCUUUAUCAAGCGGAGCGUUACGAGCGAAAUUCGAAUAAAUGAUUAUUGGUUCCCAAGCUUGCACAAAAUUUGUAUAUCUUACAGGAAUAUAUGUAUACAACAAACAUACAAGUUGUUAUGUGUAUGUUUGAAUUGUUAAUAAUGAAAUUAUAUCUGCUUCAAAGGUGGUUUUUGUUAGAAAUGUAUAUAAUCUCAUGAUUUAAAAAAUUAUUUUACUCGUAACAUUAAUUAAUGUAAUUUGUCUCCGCAAAUUAAGUUAAAUAAGCGGAUUAAUAACUCACGCUGUCGGUGUGCUAGUAAUCUUAAUGGUUGUUUGUUUGCUUUUUUGUUUGUCGGUUGGUUUUGAUAAAAUGGCGUAUGUUUGCGAACAACUUAUUUCUCAAGCGAUUCUCAAGUUCCUGAGUUAUGUGGCCUUGAACGGUGCCAUUGUCAUGCAUGAACUGGUUUAAGAGUAUGUAGCGAACUUCUCCUGCAUGUAUUAAGCUAUUGAUCAAUUUGAAAUAUUCCAUCCCCAUGAAUUGUAGAGGUGCAUUAUUUCUUUGUUAUGCCUAGUGAUGUACACGUAAAUGAGUAAUAUGUCAUUGGUCUGUGAAUCGAACAUUUACAUUUCUAUAGGGAUUGACUUUACACUUGAAAUAUUUUAUCACCAUAAGAUGUUUCAUUAUGUAUAAUGUUUUAUUAUUAUUAUUAUUUUUAUGUCCCCCACUAUAGUAGUGGGGGACAUAUUGUUUUUGCCCUGUCUGUUGGUCUGUCUGUUGGUCUGUCUGUUUGCGCCAACUUUAACAUUUUGCAAUAACUUUUGCUAUAUUGAAGAUAGCAACUUCAUAUUUGGCAUGCAUGUGUAUCUCAUGAAGCUGCACAUUUUGAGUGGUGAAAGGUCAAGGUCAAGGUCAUCCUUCAAGGUCAGAGGUCAAAUAUAUGUGGCCAAAAUCGCUCAUUUUAUGAAUACUUUUGCAAUAUUGAAGAUAGCAACUUGAUAUUUGGCAUGCAUGUGUAUCUCAUGGAGCUGCACAUUUUGAGUGGUGAAAGGUCAAGGUCAAGGUCAUUCUUCAAGGUCAGAGGUUAAUUAUAUGUGGCCAAAAUCGCUCAUUUUAUAAAUACUUUUGCAAUAUUGAAGAUAGCAACUUGAUAUUUGGCAUGCAUGUGCCUCUCAUGGAGCUGCACAUUUUGAGUGGUGAAAGGUCAAGGUCAAGGUCAUCCUUCAAGGUCAGAGGUCAAAUAUAUGUGGCCAAAAUCGCUUAUUUUAUUAAUACUUUUGCAAUAUUGAAGAUAGCAACUUGAUAUUUGGCAUGCAUGUGUAUCUCAUGGAGCUGCACAUUUUGAGAGGUGAAAGGUCAAGGUCAAGGUCAUCCUUCACAAGGUCAAGGUCAUCCUACAAUGUCAAACAUCAUAUAGGGGGACAUUGUGUUUCACAAACACAUCUUGUUUAAUUUCUGUAUUUGUUCUUAUUAUAUAUUGUAAAUUCUUACUCUUUAUAACUUUUAUAAACAUAAUAAAUAUCGAGAUUGUUUGGCAACAAUAAUCAGUAGUACCAAAUAGUAAAUCAGUAAUAUUGCUGUAUUAUUACACAUGCCAAAUUUAAACAUGUAAACGCGUUUCAUUUUUAUACGAAUUUUCUUUUGUUUAUCUUCAAAUAAUAUUUCACUAAAGCAAUACACUAUUUUAUGCUUAUUAUGCCCCCGUUCGAAGAAGAGGGGGUAUAUUGCUUUGCACAUGUCGGUCGGUCCGUCCACCAGGUGGUUUCCGGAUGAUAACUCAAGAAUGCUUAGGUCUAGGAUCAUGAAACUUCAUAGGUACAUUGAUCAUGACUCGCAGAUGACCCCUACGGAUUUUGAGGUCACUAGGUCAAAGGUCAAGGUCACUGUGACCCGAAAAAGUAAAAUGGUUUCCGGAUGAUAAUUCAAGAACGCUUAUGCCUAGGAUCAUGAAACUUGAUAGGUAGAUUGAUCAUGACUCGCAGAUGACCCCUAUUGAUUUUCAGGUCACUAGGUCAAAGGUCAAGGUCACGGUGACCCGAAAUAGUAAAAUGGUUUCCGGAUGAUAACUCAAGAACGCUUAUGCCUAGGAUUAUGAAACUUGACAGGUCAAUUGAUCAUGACUCGCAGAUGACCCCUUUUGAUUUUGAGGUCACUGGGUCAAAGGUCAAGGUCACGGUGACCCGAAAUAGUAAAAUGGUUUCCGGAUGAUAACUCAAGAACGCUUAUGCCUAGGAUCAUGAAACUUGAUAGGUAGAUUGACCAUGACUCGCAGAUGGCCCCUAAUGAUUUUCAGGUCACUACGUCAAAGGUCAAGGUCACGGUGACCCGAAAUAGUAAAAUGGUUGCCGGAUGAUAACUCAAGAACGCUUAUGCCUAGGAUCAUGAAACUUGAAAGGUAGAUUGAUCAUGACUCGCAGAUGACCCCUAUUGAUUUUCAGGUCACAAGGUCAAAGGUCAAGGUCACGGUGAUCAGAAAUAGUAAAAUGGUUUCCGGAUGAUAACUCAAGAACUUCUAUGCCUAGGCUCAUGAAACUUGAUAGGUAGUUUGAUAUUGACUGGCAGAUGACCCGCAUUUAUUUUCAGGUCACUAGGUCAAAGGUCAAGGUCACGGUGACCCGAAAUAGCAAAAUGGUUUCUGGAUGAUAACUCAAGAAUGCUUAUGCCUAGGAUCAUGAAACUUGAAAGGUAGAUUGAUCAUGACUUGCAGAUGAGCCCUUUUGAUUUUGAGGUCACUCGGUCAAAGGUCAAGGUCACGUCGACCUGAAAUAGUAAAAUGCUUUCCGGAUAAUAACUCAAGAACGCUUAUGCCUAGGAUCAUAAAACUUGAUAGGUUCAUUGAUCAUGACUCGCAGAUGACCCCUAUCGAUUUUUAGGUCACUAGGUCAAAGGUCAAGGUCACAGUGACCCGAAAUAGUAAAAUGGUUUCCCGAUGAUAACUCAAGAAAGCUUAUGGCUAGGAUCAUGAAACUUCAUAGGUACAUUGAUCAUGACUCGCAGAUGACCCCAUAUUGAUUUUCGGGUCACUAGGUCAAAGGUCAAGGUCACAGUGACAAAAAACAUAUAAACAAAAUGGCUGUCACUACAACUGAGAGCCCAUAUGGGGGGCAUGCAUGUUUUACAAACAGCCCUUGUUAGAUUAUUUUGUUUGAUUUAUUUUAGGUACAGUGUUUUCAUGUUGUCAUUUAUGCAGCUGUGUAAACAUAUUUUAAUACUUCUUGUAUUUGUUUACAAGAUGAUAGUUAUUGAAAAGUAGUGUGUUAUGUUGUGUGAGGUGUGUGCUUUGUAUAGACUUGUAAAUAAUUUACCUUUUUAUGCCCCCUUCAAAGAAGAGGGGGUUUAUUGUUUUGAACAUGUCGGUCGGUCCGUCCACCAAAUGGUUUCCAGAUGAUUACUCAAGGACGCUUAGACCUGGGAUCAGGAAAGUUCAUAUGUACAUUGAUAAUGACUUGCAGAUGAACCCUAUUGAUUUUCAGAUCACUAUGUCAAAGUUCAGGGUCACAGUGACUCGAAAUAGUAAAAUAGUUUUCGGAUGAUAACUCAGGAACACUUAAGCCUCAGGAAUGUUCAUAGGCACAUUGGUCAUGACUGACAGAUGACCCCUGUUGAUUUUCAGAUCACUAGGUCAAAGUUCAAGGUCACAUUGACUCGAAGCAGUUAAAUGGUUUCCGGAUGAUAACUCAAAAAUGCUUAAGUCUGGGAUCAGGAAAGUUCAUAGGGACAUUGGUCAUGACCGGCAGAUGACCCAUAUUGACUUUCAUGUAACUAGGUCAAAGGUCAAGGUCACAGUGACUUGAAACAAUGAAAUGGUUUCCGGAUGAUUACUGACGAAUGUUUAGGGUAAGGAUCAGAAAAGUUCAUGGGGAUUUCGGUCAUGACCGACAGAUGACCUGUAAUGAUUUUCAGGACUCUAGGUCAAAGUUCAAGGUCAUAGUGACCUGAAGCAGUAAAAGGGUUUCCGGAUACUAACUCAAGAACGCUAUGGCCUGGUUAUAUUCUAACUCUAACGUAUUCACACAAUGGCUGUCACUACAACUGACAGCCCAUUUUGGGGGCAUGCGUGUUUUACAAACAGCCCUUGUUGUUUCCUAGAUUUAAGGAUAAAAAUUAGGCUUUUAAAAGCUCGCAUAAAUUCUACAUAGAUUCGCUCACUCAAUUAAAUGGUUAUGGUUAGCUGUCAAAAGCAUCUACAUCUAAUAGAGAACUAUAUUUAAAGAGCUCACUCAAUUUUAUGUGCAAGGUUUUUAGCUGUCCUAUCUAUAAAAAAAUAGAGAACCAUAUUAAAAAGAAAACGUUCAUAAACCGUAUAUUGCGUUGAAAAUUAGAUGUUUGAAUCGAUUUAGAACACUUUCGGUCCCGUAAUUUGAGUUCUUGGCCUUAAACGAACACCAGACCCAGUUGUUUACAUAUGACAUAUACAUCUCACACUUAACUGAGAAUUAAGACCCUAUGGUCCACGGAUUUUCGGACACACUACGCCAGGCAUGGACGGACGAAAAAGCUUCUUACUUGUCCAUUUAAACCAAUUUAUGUACACAGUUGUACACGUGGAUAUAUUUAAAUUAUGUUCUUUUAACGCUGGUAGUAAAUAUACAAUUAUAUGUGUGACAUAUAAACUAUUCGAUGUAAAUGUAUUAAAGUAAACAUACACUUUAUUAUGAUCGUUUAAUACGCCCGUUCAAAAAAGGGAGCCUAUGAUGGGAACACCUAAGAUGGACGGGAAGAUGUAGUGCAUGAGUAAGAUGUCCGCUCAUUUACUCGAACAUGUUAAGUAGGAUCGUCAUACAACCUGUUGAAAAUGUCUAUGCGCGUUAUAUCUUGGUCGAUAAAAAGCCAUAUUACUGCAAGCGCGUUUGAAUUAUAUUAGCAUUUUCCCUCUCUUACUUAAACAGUAUAAGAUGGAUCAUAAUGAAACUUGAUAAAAAAAAUGUAUGUGUAUAAUAUCUCGGACAGGUUCAAUAACACACCGGAUCUUCUUAAGCAAUUCUAAAUUAUUUCCUCGAGUUAUGAAACAUGGCAGAAUUAAUCUCGCCCGCUAAGUAACUCAAAUCAUCUAGAAACUUAGUUAUAAUAUUUGUGCCCAUAUCUCAGCUAAGUAUGAUAACGCUUUUGAAUUAUAGUAUUAGAACUAUGAACAAUUGUUAUGUUAACAAUGUCCUCUCUUAAACUAAACGCUUUUGAAUUAAAUCAACAUCAAACUUAUCCACGAUGUUUAUGUACAUAUUUUGGCCAUGGACAGUAUCCAGCUUGAUUGUCUUCAACACUUCUUCAUCAGGUACAUUAUCAGAAUUUCGCCAAAUUAAUGUUAAUCGUUCCUUCUCAAACAGUUUAAAUCAAUAACUAUCAAACUUUGUCACUGUAACCAAGAUCUUAAAACAGGCGUAUUGUUGUGACAAGUUGGCACUCUUGUCUGUACUUGAAGAUUAUAUAAGUUAAUAUAAAAUGCCGUUUAGCAACGAGCAACAGUUUUGCAUCUAAGUAGUAUACAGAUAUGUAUUAGGAAAUUAUUAUUGCAUGCAAUUUUACAGAAACACGUUUUCAUUAAAUAUGUAUUUCAACUGUAUAACAAAAAUCGAUGGAAUAGUGGUUGUUGACAUCAUGCUUAUAAUAAUGCGUGAUAUUUACAAUAAAACAUUAUCUAUCA